GCCUGUUGAGGCCAACCUGUCUCGAUCGGGACGACGGCGUACCAAAAGUCAUGCGACCUAUUCCGAUGAUGAUGGCUUAAUUCCGACCAAUGAAAUAGGACCAUCUAAUUCACCAGCCUCUUCACGGGUGAAGGUUAAAAAAGGAAACAAAGAUUCGAACAAUUCUAGCAUUAAUACUGCAAAAAAUCGUACGACAAGGAAAAAAACUUUUAACGCUAAAGAGAGCGUAUCAUCGAAAACAAGAAAGAAGUCAAGCAAUGUGGAGAGCUCUGAUUCCGACUCUUCUGAGAAGGAUUCACUCAAAGAACAGCAUGAUGAAAGCUCUGCGGAAGAUGAUCAAGACUCGGACACUUUAACAGAUUCAAAUUUGGAGCAGUCGGUUAUAUUAGAUCCUUUUGGUGGAAAGUUAACGCCUGAGGAAGCGGACACAUCAAAGACUCUUCCUGACCAACACGACAAGGCAAUGUUUGAAAAUGCCAAGCUUCAAGCUGAGUCGGAUAUUCAACCAAGAGAGGAGAUAACUAUGGAAAUUGAGGAUCAGCCUCAAGUAUUCGCUGAUGCUACACCUAAAAUACGGACAAUUCGAUUUGGUGAUUGGGAAAUGGACACUUGGUUCGUAGCUCCCUAUCCGGAAGAAUACAGCGUGAACCCG